UAGAAAUAAAAAAACCCCUUGCUUUUGCAUGAGAGACCGUCUCUUGGAGGUUCUUUCCAUCCUGCCGUGAGAGCCAGACCUUACAUUUGGUGCGUUGGCCGGGAAGUCUCCGGCGGUCAGGAGGGAGCCUCCAACGGCCGCAAGGUGCCUCUCGGGGUGAGUACGGCCGUUUAAUUCUUUGUUCCCCUCUUUCUGCGUCUGUGUGUCUUCCUCCGUCGUAGGUCCGUUCCGUUCGGUGGGUGACGACCCACGUUAGUUGGAAGAAGCAUAACUCGCUUUUUCUGUUUGUCUGAGGAGAUCGAGGAGUAAUUCCUCGGUGACUCCCGUUUGGCCCAGGUGGGCAUUUGUUAUAAUUUGGAACGGACCAGUUUUGUCCUUUUUUUUUUUUUGUUUCUUUGUCCCUUUCGGUUUCGUUUCAUUCCCUCCGCGCAGCGUCACCUAGUUUUUGCCUUUGCAGCAUGGGACAAGGACCAUCUGGCCCUCUGGAUCUCACCCUGGCCUGCUGGCCGGAGGUUUGUGAACGGGCUCACAAUCUCUCUCUAGCAGUAAAGAAGCCCAAGUGGAUUGUAUUUUGCAGGUCAGAGUGGCCCACUUUUCAGGUUGGACGGCCACCACAAGGCUCUUUCCAGCUCUCCCUGAUUCAGGCGGUUAAAGAUGUCAUCUUCAGGACGGGACCUUCUGGACACCCGGACCAACAGGCCUACAUCUUGGUGUGGCAAGACCUCUGUGAAAACCUUCCCCCUUGGGUAAAAUCUUUCCUCCCCCAGGAGCCUCCCCCAAAAUCCUAUAAGGCUCUACCCCUCCAUCCGACCGCCCCACCCGUCCUACCCGAGUCACAGGCUGAUUUUAUCCAUUUGGACAUGGACCCUCCACCCACCUAUGCCCCUUCACCCCAGUCUCCCCCAGCCAUUCCGAGUCCCUCUCCUCCACCCUCAACUCCUCAAGGGUCAGAUGAUGAGGGACCAGGCCCCGCAGGGAAUACAAGGGGGGUUCAACAGAGGAGGGCACAGGGCCCACCCGAGGCAGCCGUAACUUUACCCCUACGACCCUUCGGAAACCCCGUCCCCGACGGGAACGGGGGGGGGGAGAUGCCAAGCCUACAAUAUUGGCCCUUCUCCACGUCUGAUCUCUAUAACUGGAGGAAUAAUAAUCCUCCCUUCUCUGAGGAUCCCACUAAACUAACAGGUCUGAUGGA